AUGCGCUCGUCCUUCGUACUCCCCUUCCUAGCUGGUCUAGCAGCCUCUUUCCCUCUACAUGAACAACAGCCGUUUAGUCUUCAAGAACAGCCCAGGGACAAAGUGAACGUCUCGUUAUAUGUCAUGUCUAGAUGUCCAGAUGCUCGUCUGUGUGAGAAUGUAUUUCAGGGUGUGAUUCAGAAAGAAGGUAUAUUAGACAAGAUCAAUUUGGAAGUGGGAUAUAUCGGAACACCCAAUACAACCGCACCAUUAGGAGUAACAUGCAAACACGGCCUCAUCGAAUGUAUAGGUAACGCUCAACAAUUAUGUGUAUACGAACAUCUACCAAUCGAUAAAGCGUAUGCUGUGGUACAAUGUCAGAACUAUCCUUCGGAUUUCCCUAAAUCCAUUGGAUAUGAGGAUUCGAUCAGGAAAUGCAUCAAGACUGUUGGAGUAGAUUGGGACCAGUCUGGUGUAGGUAAAUGUAUCGAAAGGAAGAUCAAGCCUAAAGAAGAUGAGGAUGAUGUGGAAGUAGAGUUGAAAAAGUUGGGUAAACAAGCUAGAAAGCUGUUAAUUGAGAACGUCCAAGAGACAUAUGAUAGGAAUAUAAGUACGAGCUGUACGAUUGAUAUUGCUUCUACUGUCAGGUCGGAGGGAAAAAGGAGAUGUGUGGUUGAUAAUGGAAUCUGGAGAGGUUGUGAUGACGGCCAUACUGCUCAGGAUUUCAUCAGAGUCAUCGAAGAAGAGUAUAAGAAUUUGCAGUCUAAGAAAGAUGAAUAG